AUGGCGCCGCCUGGCGCUCAUCGAGCUGCUUCCCCUUAGAUAGUGAAGACCCAACUCCCUGUCCAGCUGCUCCUGGCCUCCUUCCAGGACAAGGGGUGCUCUGCCCCAGACAUCCACAUUCCCUCUGCUGUCAUCUACAUGGCCUGCAGCCCCAAAGAUGUUGUCAUCUCCUCCUACUGCUUCUAUCAGAUGUCCAAGACUCCUGACCCCGGCACACUGAGAGAGUUCCUGGAGACCUUUAUGGCUGGCAAAGUAGCCUAUGGGUCCUGGUAUAAGCACGUGUGGGGAUGGUGGGAGAAGUAGCAGAAAAAGCAGCUCCUCUCCCUCUUCUGUGAGGACAUGAAGAAGAGCCCACAAUGUGAGGUGCAGAAGAUCCUGUGGUUCCUGGGCAAGGAGGUGGUGCAGAGGAUGGUGGUGAGGAUCCUCCACUGUAUGUCCUUUGGCCAUGUGAGGAAGAACCCUGCUGCCAACUAUGAGGCCAUGUGCACUGCCCUUAUGGACCACAGCCUCUCACCCUUCCUCUGGAAAGGUGGGUUUUAACCAGUGGUGGAGGGCUUGAGAGGGGUGUUCCUGAGCUGCACUGCAGUCCUCAUCCACAGCUCCACAUAUUUCAGCGGUGUCAGGAUUUGCCCCACUCACUGUCCUGCCUGCAGGGAUCUCCAGGAACUGGAAGAAUCACUUCGCUGUGGCACAGAAUAGCCCAGAAUUACUGGGAGCAAUGGUAGGCUCCGAUGUCAUCUUCCAGAUGGAGGCAUGGGGA